AUGGCGCCUGUGCCCAAGGAGUGCGACUACCUCGUCAUUGGAGGUGGCAGCGGUGGUCUUGCCUCGGGCCGCCGUGCCAGCGCCCUGUAUGGCGCCAAGACGAUUGCUGUCGAGAGCAAGCGUCUAGGAGGAACCUGCGUCAACGUCGGUUGCGUGCCCAAGAAGGUGACAUGGAACGCCGCCGCCCUGGCCGAGAGCUUCAAGGAUGCGAGAGCCUACGGCUUCAAGUACGACAACCUGUCCUUCGACUGGAACACAAUGAAGACGAAGCGCGACGCCUACGUGAAGCGCCUGAACGGCAUCUACGAGCGGAAUUUGGGCAACGACAAGGUCGAGUACAUCCACGGCUUCGCCUCGUUCCAGGAUCAGAACACGGUCGAGAUUGCGCUGGACGAUGGUGGCAAGGAGCUGGUCAAGGCGAAGCACAUACUCAUUGCCGUCGGCGGACACCCCGUUAUUCCCGACAUUCCUGGCAGGGAGCUCUGCAUCGACAGCGACGGCUUCUUCGACAUUGAGCACCAGCCGAAGAAGGUCGUCACUGCCGGUGCCGGCUACAUUGGCGUCGAGCUGUCGGGCAUGUUCAACGCCCUGGGCACCGAGACGCACUUUUUCAUCCGUGGAGACAAGGUCCUGCGCAGCUUUGACCCCAUUAUCCAGGACACCAUUACCGCCGAGUACGAGCGCCAGGGCAUGAACAUCCACAAAAAGUCCACCAUCACCAAGGUUGAGGAUGCUGGCAAUGGCAAGAAGCGCGUCUACUACGACGAGGGUGACGGCAAGGAACAUAUCAUUGAGGACGUUGACCACGUUCUGUUCGCAAUCGGCCGUGCCCCCGAAAUCGAGAAGCUCGGCAUUGACAAGCUGCCCGGCUUGAAGCUGAACCAGAAGAACCACAUUGUUGUUGACAAGUACCAGAACACCUCCGUCGACAACAUCUACGCUCUGGGUGACGUCUGCGACCGAGGUUUCGAGCUUACCCCUGUUGCCAUUGCGGCAGGCCGUCGUCUCAGCGACCGUCUCUUUGGCGGCAAGAGCGAUGCCCACCUGGAGUACGAGAACAUCCCGUCUGUGGUCUUCGCCCACCCCGAGGUCGGCUCUAUCGGUUUGUCCGAGCCUGAGGCGCGCGCUAAAUACGGCGACGCCGUCAAGGUGUACAAGACCAACUUCACUGCCAUGUACUAUGCCAUGAUGGAGCCCGAGCACAAGGGUCCAACGGCUUACAAGCUCAUUGUCGAAGGCCCUAAUGAGCGUGUCGUCGGCCUUCACAUUCUGGGCGAGGGCUCUGCCGAGAUGCUGCAGGGCUUUGGUGUUGCUGUCAAGAUGGGCGCAACAAAGGCUGACUUCGACCGCUGUGUUGCGAUACACCCAACUAGCGCAGAGGAGCUGGUUACGUUGAAAUAG